UUUUUCCUUGUUUAUACUACUAUUUUGAAUAUCGCGAGAAAAACGCCGAUUGGCUGACAUACAUUAACAUGGCCGGCUACUUGUUCCACUCAUGCGCAAGAGCACACCUUGUUUCUUUACACCACGGUCCAUCUAUACUAUGUCUAUGGGUGCGAUCGUCGCGCGCAAUAGGCCGUUGUGUGAUCCAACGGUUUGGAUUUUUCGCGCUAAAUCGUCCGUCCUGAGAUUAGCGCGUGAGCCAUCGCGAAACCUGCAAUGUUUCGCCUUCCGUAGAACGGUUGCAACAUGUUCGUGACGAACCUGGAAAAGGAUUUCUACGAUGUGAUACAAAGAAGUAGAUGUUUACUUCUGGUGAAUUUUGAUGUUGAUGCAAUCUGUGCCUGUAGAAUAUUACAACAACUUUUUAAAAAUGAUCACAUGAUAUAUACUCUUGUACCUGUCCGAGGUAUUCAGGAUAUGAUAAAUGCCUUUGAUGAAAAUUGCGAAGAGAUAAAAAAUGUUGUUAUGAUAAACUGUGGUGGUACUCUAGAUUUAGUGGAAUUACUUCGACCAGAUGAGUCUGUGGUAUUUUUUAUCCUUGACAGUCAUAGACCUUAUGAUUUAUGCAAUAUAUAUUCAGAAAAUCAAAUACGUAUUCUUGGUAAAUCUGAUGAAGACAACGAGAUUCCAGAAUAUAAUGAUAUAUUUCGAGAUGAUAGUUCAGAUGAAGAAGAUGCAAGUGGAGAAUCAGAAAAUGAAAACGAAGACAGACAAAAUAAGAGACGAAGAUUAAAUGAAGAAGAUUUAUUGAAGCGAAGUGAACGAAGAAAAUGGGUUGAAAACAGAGCAACAAUUCUUUUCAAUUAUUUACAAUAUAGUUACUAUGGCAAAUCAAGUGCGAUAGUGAUAUUUGAAAUGGCUUGGAAUAUGUCAAAGGACAAUAUAGACAUGGUAUGGUGGGCCAUAGUCGGUUCCACAGAACAGUUUAUUUUGAGCAAAGUGGAAUCACGAAUAGCCAUUCUUGAGGAAGGUACUCUUCAGGCACAUGUUUCAAGAUUAACACAUAGGCAGGGUGUUGAUGCUGAUAAACAGCAACAGCAGCAGAGUGUUGUAAAAGUUACUUAUGAUAAAGAUCUCCAAUUAGCAUUAUAUCGUCACUGGACUGUCGAAGCCAGCUUGAAAUAUUCAAUGUCAACUGCAGUAUCAUUACGUUUAUGGUCCAUUAGAGGAGAACAACGUUUGAAAGAAGUUCUAGCUGAAAUGGGUUUACCUCUAGUGCAAUCCAGACAAUUGUUUCGUGCAAUGGAUCUUACUUUUAGACAAGAAUUUAGGCAGAUGGUUGAAAAACUAGCUGGAAAAUAUAAUGUCAAUAGCAUUAUUGGUACUAGUUUUACCCUUCAAUAUGGUUAUCGUUUCAAAUAUUGUUCUUCAGAUAUGGUAUAUGCCAUGUUGGCUUUACUGAACUCCUCGACAAAAGAUAGACAAUCACAGCGUUGUUUCUUAGAUGCACUAGACUGUUUGUCACGUACAAAAAAAGAUGUUUUGGAAAGUGGUAUCGAAAAAGCAAAGCUUAUGCUUCACAAUAUUUUUAAAACUGCACAGAGUAUAUUAGAAGCUAAACAAGUGAAGAAUUUUGGUUCUUUUUUAUAUCUCAAUGUACCAGAAGGAAAUAUAGACAAUUAUUUAUUUGCACAUCCUUAUCCUUUGAUCAUGCUAGCUCAAUUUGCGCUAAAAGCGUAUGUAAAUUCUUCGAGAAACAGACGUGCUUCUGAGUGGCCCCUUGUUGCCUCUGCGAUAUUUAAUGUAGAAGAGAGAUUGUGCCUUCUUGUUGGUAUACCACCAGUUUGUGAAGAUCAACCCAGAAGUUUAUUUGGGAAAGCGUUCGAGCAAGCUGCAAAAAAUAAAAAUUGUUACAUUGAGGCAGAUUAUUUUGAUAGUACAAUAAUAAGACUGAAAAUCGAGGAAAGACCCAAGUUUCUUGAUGCUUUGGCAGCACUUCUUGCAUAAUAAUCCAUUAAGAAUGAUGAUCACUUUAAUUAAAUUUUUAACUAACGACUAUUAAAGCAAUUUGAAGCACCUUUAUUGCUUAUGACAUAUGGUGCCUUUUUUAAAACGCAAACUUAUUGUACAGUUUUUUUAAUCAACGACAGUAGUAGCUUUAUAAUUGUAAAAUAUUUAAUGUAUAGUAAAUUAGGACUGAUAU